AUGGAGGGUCAUGGUUAUGACCGGUUUGGGGAUGGGGAGAGGGACACCUACCAGAUUGACUAUAGAAGGAUUGUAGGGGACAUGGAACCAGCACGGCCUCGCCUUUCAAUCAGAGAGGGGGAACAACCCCACCCCUGUGGUGCGUAUGCCCACCCACCACACGGACAUGGGCAUGAGACAGCAGCACAGAGAUACAGCGCUACACGUAUCCAAGCUGGAUACGAACCAGAGAGCAUGGCAGACUACUUGAUCAGUGGAGGCACAGGUUACGUUCCCGAAGAUGGAUUAACAGCACAGCAGCUCUUUGCUAUUGGCGAUGGACUUACAUACAAUAGUAUGAUUAAUUUGAUUUUGGUCAGGCUUUUCAAGUUCCAAAGCCAGAUGUUCUCAUGUUUUCUCUCUCUUUUCAGUGACUUCUUGAUCCUCCCCGGUUUCAUAGAUUUUACCUCUGAUGAAGUGGAUCUGACCUCUGCAUUGACAAGGAAGAUAACCCUGAAGACACCUCUUAUUUCAUCUCCCAUGGACACAGUCACAGAGUCAUCAAUGGCCAUCGCCAUGGCAUUGAUGGGUGGGAUUGGAAUAAUUCAUCAUAACUGUACAGCUGAGUUCCAGGCCAAUGAGGUGCGCAAAGUCAAGAAAUUUGAGCAGGGUUUUAUCACAGACCCUGUGGUAAUGAGUCCCCGACACACAGUGGGGGACGUGUUUGAGGCCAAGAUACGCCAUGGAUUCUCUGGGAUUCCUGUUACAGAGACUGGCAAGAUGGGCAGCAAGCUGGUCGGCAUAGUCACCUCCAGAGACAUAGACUUUCUGUCUGAGAAGGACCAUGACAGACCCUUGGAGGAGGCAAUGACAAAAAGGGAAGAUUUAGUUGUUGCACCUGCCGGAGUCACACUAAAAGAGGCUAAUGAUAUACUGCAACGUAGCAAAAAAGGCAAGCUCCCCAUAGUGAAUGACAGUGAUGAGCUGGUUGCCAUCAUUGCUAGGACUGACUUGAAGAAGAACAGAGAUUAUCCUCUGGCUUCAAAGGAUUCCCGUAAACAGCUGUUGUGUGGUGCUGCGAUCGGUACCAGGGAGGAUGACAAAUACAGACUGGAUCUCCUCAUGCAGGCUGGCGUGGAUUUGGUAGUCCUGGACUCAUCCCAGGGAAACUCAGUGUAUCAAAUCAACAUGAUAAACUACAUCAAACAGAAAUACCCUGAACUUCAGGUGGUUGGAGGAAAUGUGGUGACAGCUGCACAGGCUAAAAACCUCAUAGAUGCUGGUGCGGAUGCUCUGAGGGUGGGCAUGGGUUGUGGCUCUAUCUGUAUCACCCAGGAAGUAAUGGCAUGUGGACGACCCCAAGGUACAUCAGUGUACAAGGUUGCAGAGUAUGCUCGACGUUUUGGAGUGCCAGUAAUUGCUGAUGGAGGCAUUCAGACUGUUGGACACGUGGUGAAAGCUCUGGCCCUGGGAGCAUCUACAGUGAUGAUGGGGUCAUUGCUUGCAGCAACCACCGAAGCUCCAGGAGAAUAUUUCUUUUCAGAUGGUGUGCGUCUGAAAAAGUACAGAGGAAUGGGCUCCUUGGAUGCCAUGGAGAAAAACAACAGCCAGAAACGCUACUUCAGUGAGGGAGAUAAGGUGAAGGUGGCUCAAGGUGUCUCAGGAUCAGUACAAGAUAAAGGCUCUAUCCAUAAGUUUGCUCCUUACCUCAUUGCUGGUAUCCAACAUGGUUGUCAGGACAUAGGAGCCAAGAGUUUGUCCAUUUUACGGUCAAUGAUGUACUCUGGAGAGUUGAAGUUUGAGAAGAGAACCAUGUCUGCUCAGAUGGAGGGGGGAGUUCAUGGCCUCCACUCUUACGAGAAACGGCUUUAUUGA